CACCUUCUUGGCGCGAUCGGCCCGAGCCUCAGCCCUGCAGAUUAGCCCUCAACCUUAACCAUCUUGACAUGUGAUAGAGUAUCGUGUUCAGAUCAUCUUGAUUCAACAGCCUUCACGACAAAGAUAUCAAACAUGGAUCAGACCUUGCAGACCCUUGUAAAAGAGUGGCUCCGUCUUGAUCAGGAUGAGUGCACUCGGUCAGAGAUCGAGAGACUCGCCGCCGAAAAUAAUACAGUCGAACUCCAAUCACGACUCCAAAAGCGUAUUGCUUUCGGUACCGCCGGAUUACGUGGAAGAAUGGAGGCCGGCUUCUCACGCAUGAACUCCCUCACUGUCAUCCAAGCCUCUCAAGGUCUAGCUGAGUAUUUGCUCAGAACCGAGACCGACGUCAAAACUCGUGGUAUUGUCAUUGGGAGAGACGCCCGUCACAAUUCUGACAAGUUCGCCAAACUGGUCGCUGCCGUUUUCGUAGCAAAAGGUAUCCCGGUCAAAUGGCUGGGUCAAGUGCAUACUCCACUUGUUCCAUACACAGUUGCCCAUCUAAAUGCAGCGGCUGGUGUUAUGGUCACUGCUUCACACAACCCGGCCGCUGAUAAUGGCUACAAGGUAUACUGGGGAAAUGGAUGUCAGAUCAUCCCACCGCAUGAUGCUGGGAUUGCCAAAUCGAUUGAAGAGAAUCUGGAGCCAAUCACCUGGGAUAUGGAAGUUGUUGAGCGAGGAGGUCCUCUUGUGACCAACGCACUGCAACAGGUCGAGGCAGGUUACAUGUCCACUGUCGCCAGAAACGCAUCGAUCUCGAACUCCGAAUCAUCGCUCCCCUUUGUAUACACGCCAAUGCAUGGAGUUGGCCUCCCUUUCUUCACAUCAGUCAUGAAGCAAUUGGGACUUGAGAACAAGAUGCACGUAGUGCAAAAGCAGGCCCACCCAGACCCAGACUUUCCGACAGUGCGUUUCCCCAAUCCCGAGGAGAAGGGUGCCCUGGCCCUAGCCAAACAAGUCGCGGAUCGAAAUGGUGUCAAAUUGAUCUUAGCCAAUGACCCAGACGCCGACAGGUUUGCAGCAGCAGAGAAGGUUGAUGAUGAGUGGAGGCAGUUGACAGGCAAUCAGAUGGGUGUCUUGCUCGCGUCUCACGUCUUGGACACAUAUGAAUCAAGGCCGGACAGCAAGGGGCUAGCGAUGCUCUCGUCAACCGUUUCUUCAAAGAUGCUAGCAGGAAUGGCAGCUGCUGAUGGCAAGUUUCACUGGGAGGAGACCUUGACCGGCUUCAAAUGGCUGGGCAACAGAUCCCGCGACUUGCAGCAGCAAGGAUACGACGCUCUGUUUGCCUACGAAGAAGCUAUUGGCUACAUGUUCAGCGAAGUCGUCUUCGACAAAGAUGGCGUUGCCGCUGCUGCUGUCUUCCUAGCAGCAUGCAAUCGUUGGAACAGGGAAGGCCUGACUCCUUGGACCAAGUACAACCAGCUCUGCGAGAAGUACGGAUACUUCGAAGAUGCCAACACUUACGUGAUAUCGCCAUCUUCGGAUGUCACAAACGCGGUCUUUGAGCAGAUACGACAGAACAAGCCUACACAUGUUGGACGUCGUAGCAUCCUUCGCUGGUGCGACUUGACAAUUGGAUAUGACUCGGCAACGCCUGACAACAAGCCGACCCUGCCAGUUGACAAGAGCUCACAGAUGAUCAGCUGUGAGCUUGACGGUAAUGUGCACUUCACAGUUCGCGGCUCAGGAACAGAACCCAAAAUUAAGUUUUACAUCGAGGGCAGUGCGAGCACGUCCGCAGAAGCCAGAGCUUCAGCACACGAAGUCCUCGAAGACCUGAUGAGGGAAUGGUUCAAGCCAGAAGAGAAUGGCUUGAAGAGAGAGUAAAUACAGUUUCGAACAGAGAUGAUAAUA